AUGAUAGACAUUGUGGACCCUAUACCUGUACCAGCACCUGAUUGGUCAAGUUUUGGACCUUACAAACGUGUUGAUCGCAAAGUCAAACCUGUUCCUGGAGUAUUCCCAGAAGAUGCACGUGUCACUCGGUCAUUUCCAGAAGACCCACUCCUUUCGCUCCCACCCCUUCCUGUCCUUCCCCAAGAAUUCAUGCCCACACCAAAGCUCAUCAAGGAGCGCCUUUAUGACGAAAUGAAGCUAAACUCUGAUGGAUUCUUAUGGGAUAAAGGAGAGGAUGACAAAUGUAGAUGA